AUGGUACAUCCGACGAGAUUGCUGCUGUGCACGCUGGUGUUAUCGCUCGUGGCCACUCAAUGGUCACCCGUUGCCGCGUUUGACGACUUUCUGGAUGACAUUUUCUCGAUUUUCUUCGAUUCGGAAAGCGAAAGUGAGUCGGCAGAACCGAUUCAGGUUAACGGGAAGCACGGCAUCAUUAAUGUUACGUGCGACAACUGCACGCUGACGAUCAAUUGUCCGAAUUGCAACAGCAUGUCGACGGUGGGUGGAAUGAUGACGGCUGCACCGAACGUUAACGCUACAAUGACAGCCACCCCCCCUGUUUCGUUGGCAACUACAAAUCUGGAACAGGAGGAACGGUUACUCUGA